GUAACGCAUCAGGAGACUGGGGAGGUCAUGGUGAUGAAAGAGUUGAUACGCUUCGACGAAGAGACGCAGAAGACUUUUUUAAAGGAGGUAAAGGUGAUGCGCUGUUUGGACCAUCCCAAUGUUCUCAAGUUCAUUGGGCUGUUUUAUAAGGACAAGCGAAUACAUUUUGUCUCUGAAUACAUCCAGGGAGGAACUCUUCGAGAGACUAUCAUAAAAAUGGACAAGGAUUUUCCCUGGAAAAUUAGAGUUGGGUAUGCUAAAAACAUUGCAGCUGGGAUGGCUUAUCUACACUCCAUGAAUGUUAUCCACCGAGAUCUAAACUCAUACAACUGCCUGGUCAGAGAGAACCAGUCUGUGGUGGUGGCAGAUUUUGGACUGGCCAGGUUGGUAAUGGAGGAGAGAAACCAGAGUAGAACAUCUUCGCUUGAACGUCCGACAAAAGGGACGCUGUCAGAGCUCCGCAAGCAUGACCGCAGGAAGCGGUAUACUGUGGUAGGAAACCCCUACUGGAUGGCGCCUGAGAUGAUCCACGGGAAAACCUAUGAUGAACGGGUAGACAUCUUUUCCUUUGGCAUCAUGUUAUGCGAGAUAAUAGGGAGGGUGAGUGCAGAUCCUGACUACCUUCCAAGAAGAAAUGACUUUGGGCUGAAUGUGGCAGGUUUCCUGCAGCAGUACCACCCUCCACAGUGCCCCUCUGCUUUCAUGCCACUGGCUGUUCUCUGCUGUGACAUGGACGCUGAUAAACGUCCGUCCUUUUUGAAGCUGGAGGAGUGGCUGGAGAACCUGCUGAUGCACCUGGAUAUUGGUCUGCCUCUGCUCUCUGAGUUAGAGCAGCUCUGCAAAGCUUUUUGGCAGAAUAAUAACCACCAAUGCUCUGAAAACACAAAUAACCACACUGAGCCGAAUCAAUUUACUGAAAACAAAGACCAAAAUGGCAGACUUGACAGCCACACAAACCACGAGCAGAACGCUCAGGCUGACCUUACUGUGAGGACUGGGUCAGAGGGUAGAAACCAGUCGUGCCGCAGGUCGAUAAGCACAGACUCAUGCAAUCAUGGCUCUGAAACCUAUGAACACAGUAACCCUGCAGAACAACUAGGAGCCCGGCGUGAGCAGUCAAGACCAGUACCAGAGCAGUUAAACGGGUCCAGGAGGAUAUACAAAGCAUUGUGGGACACAUCUACAGAGGAUGGCUCAUUUCUUUGAUUGAUGACCAAGAUGGGACACAUCUACAAAGCCCAGUAUUAAAGGAAUAAGACGGUUUGUGGAGACAUUUGUGUCUUUUCAGUCAAGUAAAUUAGUCAUGAAACUGCAUUUGUGAGAGGAAUAUGUAAAUGUAGAAUUAUGCAAGAUAUUCAUCAUGCGAAGCAGUAAAUAUUUGUAUGUUGCCCACAUUGGUCUCAUACUCCACUGUGAACCAGUAUUUAUGUGACUGCAGCUAGAGCCCUGCUGACACUGAGAAUAGCAAAUAUCAAAAUUGAAAUUAACUGUUUCCAUUUUUUAUUUUUAUUUUUUUUUUAAUGGAAAUGCACAAAAAAAACUAAAUUUUAUUUAAAUUCCAUAAAAAUUGUCAGUGGACAGAUUAAGUAAAGACAAUCCUUUUUUAUAAUUUACCUCGACUGUUUUUUGGGGGGAUUUUUGUUUUGUUGUUGUUGUUUUUGUUUUGUGUACUGCAGCUGGUCUUUACUUAUUGGCCAACAACAUAAGCUAAAUCUGGUUGUUUACCAUUUAGGCUCUAGUUUCACUUUUACCAAGAAGCUGUGGAACACAUGUCACUUUAUGUCGCCUUAUGUAUUUGCUGCGGAAAAGUGUCAAACCGAAUCUAACCCAACUGAGGACAUUAAAACUUCUACUGCUACUAAACUAUAAUUAAGAAAAUAAAGAGAUGCAAGU